AUGAUCCACACGGGCGAAAAGCCAUAUCAAUGCGCUGAGUGCGGAAAGAGAUUCAUUGAGAACAGAGACCUCACUCGUCAUAGAAGGAUCCACACGGGAGAAAAGCCAUAUAACUGCCCAGAGUGUGGGAAGGCCUUCAGAACAAAUGGUCAUCUGACUCGCCAUCAAAUGGUACAUACAGGGGAAAAACCCUACAAAUGCAUGGAGUGUGGGAAGAGCUAUAUUGAAAACAGAGAUCUUACUUGUCACAAAAGGAUCCACACGGGAGAGAAACCAUAUAAGUGCAGAGUGUGUGGAAAGAGCUUUCCUCGGAACAGUGCCCUGAUUGGCCAUCAAAAAACCCACACUGGAGAGAAACCUUAUAAAUGCAUGGAAUGUGAGAAGAGCUUCAUUAAGAAAGGACAACUUACUUCCCAUCAAAGGAUCCACACAGGUGAAAAGCCAUAUAAGUGUAUGGAAUGUGGAAAAAGCUUCAGUAGGAGCAAUAAUCUUAUGUCCCAUCAAAGGAUCCACACAAGGGAGAAACCCUAUGAAUGCACAGAGUGUGGAAAGAGCUUUCUCUGUCACAGUGGCCUUUCUCGCCAUCAGAGGAGACACACGGGGGAGAAACCCUAUAAAUGCACCGAGUGUGGGAGGACCUUCAUUCAGAAAGGACAACUUGUUUCCCAUCAGAGGAUCCAUACAGGGGAGAAACCGUAUAAAUGCACGGAGUGCGGAAAGACCUUCAGUAGCAAGAGCGCCAUUGCCUACCAUCAAAGAAUCCACACCGGCGAGAAGCCCUACAAAUGCACAGACUGUGGGAAGACUUUUAUUCAGAAAGGGCAGCUUGUUUCCCAUCAGAGAUUUCACACGGGGGAGAAGCCAUAUAAAUGCACGGAGUGUGGAAAGAGGUUCGGUAGUAGCAGUGCCGUUACCUAUCAUCAAAGAAUCCACGCCGGUGAGGAAGCCGACCUUCGCGCAUGA